AUGCUCUACCAACUGAGCUUAAAGGACUGCAUCAUGCUCUACCAUCUGAGCUUACAGGACUAUCAUGCUCUACCAACUGAGCUAACAGGAUGGCAUCAUGCUCUACCAGCUGAGCUUACAGGACGGUAUCAUGCUCUACCAACUGAGCUUACAGGACGGCAUCAUGCUCUACCUACUGAGCUAACAGGACAGCAUCAUGCUCUACCAACUGAGCCAACAGGACUGCAUCAUGCUCUACCAACUGAGCUAACAGGACAGCAUCAUGCUCUACCAACUGAGCUAACAGGAUGGCAUCAUGCUCUACCAGCUGAGCUUACAGGACGGCAUCAUGCUCUACCAGCUGAGCUUACAGAACAGCAUCAUGCACUACCAGCUGAGCUUACAGGACUGCAUCAUGCUCUACCAACUGAGCUUACAGGACUGCAUCAUGCUCUACCAACUGAGCUUACAGGACUGCAUCAUGCUCUACCAACUGAGCUUACAGGACAGCAUCAUGCUCUACAAACUGAGCUUACAGGACUGCAUCAUGCUCUACCAACUGAGCUUACAGGACGGCAUCAUGCUCUACCAACUGAGCUAACAGAACAGCAUCAUGCUCUACCAACUGAGCAUACAGGACUGCAUCAUGCUCUACCAACUGAGCUAACAGGACUGCAUCAUGAUCUACCUACUGAGCUAACAGGACAGCAUCAUGCUCUACCAACUGAGCUAACAGGACAGCAUCAUGUUCUACCAACUGAGCUAACAGGACAGCAUCAUGCUCUACCAACUGAGCUUACAGGACUGCAUCAUGCUCUACCAACUGAGCUAACAGGACAGCAUCAUGCUCUACCAACUGAGCUAACAGGACAGCAACAUGCACCUGCAUGA